GUGAAGUACAUUUUACCUGUAUUUUAGUUUGUGAUUCUAAUUUUAUUUUUGAUUCCAGUAAAAAACAAUGAAAACAGGAAGAUCAUCAAAAAAAUGAAUCAUUCAAAGAAUUUGUAAUCAUGUAUGGGAGUAUAAUCCAAAUUUUAUUAACGGGAGUCUUAUUCUGUCUCACUGUAUUCCCCAUCAAUGCAAACCACUUUGAUCCACAUGUGUACCCCAAGCACGGACCAUUCUUUGAGGGAUGGUAUGUAAGAAUCUCAGGGCUUAGGCAGAAUAGAUCUUUUGGAAUUCUGUUCGGAAAAGUUUUACCAGAUAGUCAAGAAAAGGCUAGGGAUACCGCAUUGGCCAGUGUUUUGAUAUAUGAUCCAAAGCACAGUGACAAGUUAGUGUCAUAUGAUCUCUUUGCAAAUGAUACUGAUGUGAAUGUCACAGUGAAAGGUGGCAGAUCAGUGACUCAUGACCCUGACUUUGAAAGCCCUGCAGAUUUCAGAUGGGAAAUUAAAAACGCAUGUUACUUGGAAGUAAAGCCAAAUCGAUCAAGGAUUCAUUUUGCUAUUGGACCAAUCAUUGUAGAUGUAGCUUUGGGCAGUCCUGUGCCAUGGGGUCGUAAAGGUGUUGGACCUGAAGGUUGGCUCGAACAUUUCCCCCUACCCCUACAUUGGUUCGUCUUCAGCCUUCGAUCACCUGUCAUAUCAUAUACAAUAGAGAACAAGGACACACACAUGAUUUAUAAAGGAGAAAAUACAGGAGUUGCCCACAUGGAAAAGAACUGGGGAAAUAGUUUCCCUAAAGCUUGGAUAUGGAGUGAAGGAGUUGAUGUUAAGACAAACAUCAGUUUCGCUCUUUCUGGUGGGCCUGUUAAUUUCUAUGAUAUCAUCACCAUACCUGGAUAUUUGAUUGGCUAUCGCAACCCUUUAAAAGGAUUCGAUCUUUCAUUCAGACCCGUAGACAACUUGAUUGAAUUGAUUCACAAUGAUGGAUGCAAUGGAGAAAUAGCUGUAAAGGCAGUGGGAAUUUACUAUAGUGUUCACUUUUAUAUCUCAGCCAAAAUUGGAACAUUCAGUGAGUGUUUAUAUGGGCCAGAGACAAAUGGAUUUAGGAAAGCCUGCACCGAGAGCUAUAAUGCUAAGGCUAACAUAUCUGUGUAUAGACUAGGGACUCUGGUAGAUACACACACCAUACACAAUUCAGCCCUAGAAUUUGGUGGUGAUUUUGUUUGUAGGAAAAGAUGCAAACAGGCCUUCACUUAAAAAAACUGAUACUUUCCUUGUUGUUAAGCAUCCUUCGAUAGGAUGGCUCAAAGAUCCAGAAUAUCCACAAGUUCUGUAGCUUUCUGUUUGGAGUAUGAUUGUUCAGACUCAUUGCCUCUGGUUUUGAGGACUUGGUCAAACUACUGUACUCCCAGUGGCUAUUAAAUUUCGCGAAAUUCACUAAGUACACCUUCUACUAUGUCAUCUUGGUCAAGGACAUGCUACACUGUAACCUCAAUUACAUGUACAUCGUCAUUUUUUGGUUUAUUGAUCUAAUAAGCCACUGUUAUAAACAGUUACUUAGUAUCCCAUUUAUCGCCUAAUAACACUUGACAAAAUUUUUUGACAAAACAGGAAAUGCAAUGGGGUCCCAGGUAAUUAAAAAUUUCACAAAUACCCG